AGAAUUUUCUCUCGCAGGGGAGGUUCUGUCUGUCCCGGAUUGUCGUGUUCGUUCGACGGAGCAAACUGCCGGAAGUGGAAACGGAGAAUAGCAACCCUUUCUGUUGUUCACAUAUCGUUUAUUAGUUAUGUACAAAACGGUACGAAAGGGCGAUGCCAGUCUACAGUACACAAUCCUACCGCAAACAGACCAGUUCUCCUCGUCUGGUUUCCCUCAGACCACCGCGAAAUCGAGGCCGAGGAUCAUCAAAUACACCAUGGGCACGCUGAUGAUCCUCAUAAUUCUCUCGUGCGUGGCGACGCCGUUCUUGAUGAACCAAGACGACCAGAGCCUGUUCGCCAGCAGCAUACUCGCCAUGGGCCGCGUCGGGCACAAUACGAUGUCUAAAAACUCGUCGAGGAGUCACGGUGAGAACGUCGGCGUCAACAGAAGUAGAAGCAGAUUAAUGGGGGCGAUAUCGUUGUCGACGGAAGCUCCUAGGAAACAAGAUGUCGAGGAUAGGGUGACUUCGCCCCUAAAAGCGUUGAAAACUGACGCAGAGACUGAGAACCUCACGACUACAGAUUCUGUGGCGAGCAGCACGCAACGAAUUCACGUUUCUCCUGAACCACUGGCAGCCCUCCAUCAGACGUCAACGUCCAUCACUUUUCCCUCGAGCUCAUCUACGACGUCUCCUUCGACCGCUUCCAAAUUAUCAGCGAGUAUUUCGAACGAGCUCACCACAUCGGUCUCGAGUGAGUCGCGGAAAGACUCGAUGCCGAAGGUGACGCUGAAGCUCAGGGAGAACGAGACAAUACCGCAGAGGUACAUGAAGGCUGGCAUAGCCUCCUACAAGAAGGGGAACAUCACUACGAGCGUCCUGGCGCAUGGCCUAAGUCUCGAGGGAUUAAUCUUCAAGACACCGGAGGGAACGAUAAAACCUUGGCCGCAGAAGUGGUUUUUCACCGAUCCCGCUGCCGAUUUCCAAUGGAAGGGGCUGAUCCAAGUACCUGUAACAAUUUACGUAGUCCUGGCAGGACUGGCAGCCUUCGCCAGUGGUAGCAUCGUCUUGAUGUUCUACAUGCAACGGAAAACUACCAGGCGUCAGCGUCAGAACGUGGAGGAACCGGAAGCCGGCGGUCAGGAGGAAGACAAAUCGACCUUGCUGGGCGCCGAGAGCCAAGAGAUCGAAGAGAAAGAGUAAUCGUGAUCUCGAAGCAUGGAAAGCGUGUAGCAUCCAACAGUCGUAUAUUUUUACAACACUCACACCGGUUUGGCACAGGUAUCUUGCGCGCAAGACCGAACGGACGACUAUGGAUACAUUUUGGUGAGCCGAACCGUUCUAUAGAUUCGUUUGGUCGAGCGCUUGAAACUCCAUUCAAGGAAUUGACGACUAAGUAUCGACGUUCACAUUCGUUUGAUUUGGUUCGCGCAGAGAACGAGAGGGCUGCAUAAAACCUAAUCAGCAAAUACUUCCAAAAAUAUUGAUAAUCACUGUCGCCGAAAGACGGCCGGACUAUUUUAGACUAUUCUCAAGCUGUCCACGAUUUUCCUCAUUUUACAUGUUCAAACUCAUUUUCAAUUGUUGUCUCGUACUUCCUUAGACUAAGGAGCCGUUCAGGCGCGGAAACAAAGACUUUUUAGCUAUGACCGAUUAUGGUUGACGAGUGAAUAUGUUGUCCUUGACGUCGUAUCCGUGUUAAGAACCCGCGAGCAGAAGUAAAAUCGCGAGGGACGCGUGACCUAGCUACUACACGUAGGAACGUUAAUUGUCAUCGACUAGGCGCCAAUUAAACUUACAUAUCAACCGCAAUCUGAGCAUUUUCUAAAUUAGUCGAUACUUAUCCGGAAGUAUUAUUUCAUACCGUCGAUAUCUUUGGAAAUAUUCACACCUCGGGUUUUAUACAUCUCGUCUUCAUUGUCGAUAGUCUUAUCGCCGUAGCAAGAACGAAACUUAAAACGAGUCGCGGCCGGUGCAGUCAGGAGAAACAGCCACGCGAGGCAGCGCAUGCGCAGGGAGCUCCGCACAGCAGCGUGGGGCGUCCACCGGGCGAAGAUUGUAAUUCUGAACUACGAUGGCGACGCGGCACAGAGGCUCAGUCUGAUCACCCGGUGGAUGCGCCACGCCGCUGCGCGGGACUCCCUGCGCGUGCGUCGUCGUCCCACUCCAUGCGUAGCGACUUUUCCUGACUGCAUCGGUCGCGGCUAACAUUGGUGAAAUACAAAUAUCCGAAACAUGCGCGCGCACGUUUUGAGAACUCCUGCUAGAUUCCAUGACGCCCGGUCGUCGGCGAUCGGUGGUCAUGGUUUUUACUUUUGAUACGAAAGACGUCAGGUAAUUUUUACUGAGUAUCGUGAAAUAAUUUGCAGCGAUAAUCGAUUCGGUAUUCGUUCGCCAGCGGAUUUCAGGCGACAUUGCUUUCGUAUUAAGCUUCGCGUGAUACUGUCAGAGGCAGCUAUUAAAAUAACUGCUCUUCGAGAUACCUCUAUACGAGCCGUUUAACGUCUCCAUGACGAUCAAAGAUCAGCCUAUGGAGUGAAAUCUUUUGUAAAGAGAAUCGGAUUCGACCGGUUGGUUCGGCGCGUUUGCUUCUGCAUGAACACGAAUGUACAAUACACCGCUCUCGAAUGCGAUUCUACAGGGUGUCCCAAAAAUGUUCGAAUAGGUCGAAACGGGUUACACCUGAGAACAUUCGAAGACACUUUGUGUGAAGCGAAAAUGUUCUCCGUGGCUUUGUUGACGAGUUAUUAGUGAAAAGUAUUGAUAAUCAGAAGCCGAGCGUGACACGGCAGUGGCCGCGGAAGAGCGACAUCGGUCACUCGCUCUCCGAUUGGUCCUUGUUUCUCGUUGUUAACUCGUUAAUAGAGCCGAAACCAACAUUUUUCCAAAGGGAAAAGCGUCUUCGAAUCACUUUAGGAAUCAGCCAUUUCAUUCGAUUCGCACAUUUCUGGGACACCCGGUAGGAAUUGAUACGAUAGAUAGAAGUCUUCAAACACAAACGCUUUCCAUCGAUGCUUACUAAAAUCUGAGCCAGCUUCCAUAUGGAUAUUUGCAGCACGGUGCUUUGAUGCGCAGACGCAUUGCUCUCCGACUACAUUUCGUUGACAUAAUUUUAAGAGAUGUCUUUAUCGUCCACCGAUAUUGUUGAAUAUUGUUCGCUAACGGAAUCGAUCGAUGACGAUCGACGCGAUACGCUUCAAUGAUUCUUUUGCGCUCGAUUACAACCAACGCGAAAUCACGUUCUUGAUUAACGAUUAAUGAUUAAGGAGUCCAACAAUCGUCAAUAAUAAAUUAAUUGAGAAAGACGAAAGAAACGAACGCGACCAUAACAGAAUAAAUGGAAAUUUUAAGGUUAAUGGUGGCAUUGAUACUCGGCGUUGUUUUAACUUCUUUUCGUGACAGUUUUAUGAUAUUUUUUACAUGGAAAUGAGAUUGCACAGAUUGAGUUAAGUCCAGAGAUCUAUUGAAAUAGCAAAUGAUUUCGUACCGCUUUUCGUAAAGUUGCUCCGGUAAUAGCAUGCAUAAUAAAGGAAUGAUCUCGUUGACGAUUAAACUGUACGCAAUGAAUAUACAAGGCGGUUCGUAAUUGGUGAUACGAUUGAGUCCGAAACGAGUUCACGAGAAAAAAUGAGGCGGAAACGUGAUAAAAAUAUUAUUCACACGAGGCUUUCGUUUUCGAGACAAUUAACUUUCAAAUUUGUGAUAAUAUAUUAAUUUUUGUUAAACAUUGUAUCUAGAGAUUUAUUUGAAAAGAAAUUGUUCGAAUAGUAUGAAGGUACACCACGCAGAAUAAGAAGUAUAAUUUUUCUAUAUUAUUAUAGCCAGAUCUCGAUUGAAUAUCGUAUUUUGUCAUCUAAAUAUUUUUGUUUAUCGAUGAAUAUUCUUUGUUAUCGAGAACAGUAAGCCUAAACAUAAAGAAGGAUAUAUACUAUAACAAAAUCUAGUAAGUCGAGAUUUUCUAAAUAUAGCAUAUUUGAUAAAUUUCGUUAAUCAAUUUCCUUGAAAACUAAGCAUUUUACAUUUUCUUCGUCGACUCGCCUUUGACACAAUUGUAGCUACGUCAUUGAUUUCGUAAAUGUCAAUAAUCAAUAAUAAACAGAAUUUCGUUAGAAACUAUUUUCGAUAAUUUGUUAUAUAUUUUAUGAAUUUCUAGAAAAACACUUAAAAACACUGCUUUCUUAUCUCGUUAGUUAAACCAAUAUUUUCAACUUAUUUUUCUAAAUCAGUCUUCGCAUGUGAUACGGUUUUCUGAUUAACUAGCAGAGUGUUUCUAACAAGUGAAUCUAAUAUAACAUGCAAACGGUACAAUACAGGUAGAAAAUCAGUCUGAAGAACGACGAGUGUCUUCGCUGUAUGAAGUCAUAACGACAAGUAACAUUCAAUAAUUGACAUUCGAAACACUCUUUGAUUCACGUACAAAAUACAAUACACAAUAUAUGCCGAUUGCUUACCACGUGAUCUCAUUUGACACGUGUUGCUACCAGUCAUCUGGUCCCACGAAACUAUGAAAAGCAAAUUAAUUUUGUAAUAUUGCCGAACAAUUAAAUGAUCUCAUGAUGGUACUGAUAGAUUCGAAGAAUAAGAACUGAUACAAUCUUGCUCUCUUCCUAAAUUCUACUGCGAAUGCAAUUACGGAUAUCCCGGAGAAUAUUUUAAAUAAUUGAUUGAAAACAUCCGAACGUGUUUGUUUACAAUUGAAUACUCUGGAGAAAGAAACUUUGCUGCAACAAAUUCGUCUUUAUUCAGCAUUAUUUUUACGUACUUCUCGUAACACGAUUUACAAAGUGAGAUACGAAUAAGAAUUUAAAAAUGAAUGAAAUUUAUUAAAUUUACAGUAACUGUCGAGUUACAAUAUUGUACGGAAUAUCCUAUCGCAGCUAUGAUGUAGAGGGAUUCAUUACGCAGGUCAGCAUUAAUUUUAGUGCCAGAAAGUUUAGACCUGAUUUUGAGUAUACCUGGUACACAAUUUCAGUUAAUCUACAUCGAAGUACUAUGUCCACAAACAAUAUAAUCUUGCGAAUAUUUUUUCAAAUUGCAGUGGUAGAUAUUGUAAAAGUGAAUUUGGCUGAACUUUUGAAAACGUCUAUGCUCUGUUUUGACUAAAAUUUUGCUAAUACUUUUGUAUAGAUGUAAUGUUUGCAAUAAGGAUUUUUGGCGAAUCGGAAACAAAUUUUUUGACAUUUUAAUCACAUUGCCUAUCUUGCCGACAGGACGCAAUAUAACGUAUAAUCCUCGCGCGACAAGGAGGCACCUUUGUAUAUUGCCCCUCUUACUAGCUGCCCCACUGCUGCAGUUAUCGUCCGCUAGCGACCGCUAUAGAACUUCCUCACCGUUUUCGGCCAAUAGCGACCGAUCGGCAGUGGGGCAGCUAGUAAGAGGAGGAGCGUAAACGCAAAGGUGCCUUCUUGUCGUGCGAGGACUAUACAGAGGCGUGGCCCAGAAUUAACCAAAAUUUAACUCAAACCUAACCUAGACCUAAUCCAAGCUUAUCUACCCGGAAGUAACGUCAUUGUAACGGUUCUUAGGCGGGAUGUUGUGGGACGAGGUGGGAACAAAAAGAAGAGACCCAGCCCAAUCCUUGCAAUCAUCGUUUUUGUCAAAGGAGAACCUAUUUCCAAAAUUUUAGCCAAUUCGAAGCACGAUGAUGUUGAAAAUUUUCGGGAUGCAUUCCCUGUCGAAUUAACACUGAUAUAGAACAUUACUCAACGGUUGCCUUUGAAAUGAAUUUAACCCGAAAAUACAAAAACUCCAGAUUCAUAGGAACAGACUAUUAAUUUCUUAGUUACGCGUACAUACACUUUAUUUUUAUAACGAUAUUCUAAAAGAGUGUGAAAAUAUUUACAUAGACAUCUUUAAUUUGUUUAAAGGUAAGAUAAAAAUCGAAUACAUUUCUCGAAAUAAAUUAUACUUUCAAUUUGAAAAAAAUAAUUAUGUUACUUCGUUUUAUGUGGGCGGCGUUACUUCAUAGCAUUUGUAAAUUUUUCGAUAGUUCGAAACUAAAGUUACUGCGUAAACUUCGUCGGAAUUUGUUAUUUAAACGAAUAGUCUAAGACGAAUUACUUGGAAAUUUUAAAUGUAAAGACUGUGUAUUCUUUGGAACAGGUCGAUAUGUUCAAAUUGUGAUUAGAGUGUCCUUUAUUAAAAUUGUAAUUUUUCUAAGGCCUAGAGUGAAACAGAGUUUCCACUGUGAAUACAUUUUCGCUACACUUAUGCGCGUACUUUUUGUUGACGGAAUAUAAUCGAAACAAUAAAAUGUUCGCUUGAAAUUACAUUCUGCAUUCGAACAUGACACGUCGUUCAGUAUUUUUCGAGCAAUAUGUACAGGAUAAGUGAGAGAAUAUUCAGUAUUAGUCGAAUGACAAAUAAUUGGACAUUAACAAUCGAUGUUUGCAAAUGCGUUUAUUAUUAAAUCAUUCGAUUGGAACUGUGAAAACAGUAUAACGCAAAGUGUAACAAAUUCGUGGAAAUUUGUUAAAAAAUUUGAACAUUGUCGAUCGAAACUUUCAAUACUCAUUUGUAACUGUAAAAAGAGUUUUGUUAUAUCGACACGUCGAACGAUUGUUGUAUACUAAUUUGUGAUCAUCUAUACAACGCGAAGUAUGAAAAAUCGGUGAUAAUUUUAAAUUGUAAAAAGAUGCGUUGUAUCGGUGUGAAAAUAGAUGUUGAAUGACGGAUGUAUAAUAAUUUUUUGUGAUCAUUCGUGCAACGCAAAGUAUGACUUUGCGAUGAUUCGUCCGAAUGAUUGAACAUCGUCAAAAUAAAUUUUUAAUGUGUUUAUUUAUAUAAAUCAUUCGAAUGUAUUAAUCUUGACCUGUAAAAAGCUUAGUUGUAUCUAUACGAAAAUAUACGUCGAAUGAUUAUUGUGUACUAAUUUGCGAUCGUUCGUCCAAUAUGAAGUAUGAAGGGUGCGUGACGAUUUGUUCAAAUAAUUGAACAUUAGCGAAUCGAUGUUCUCCGAUGUAUUUAUUCAUAAAUCAUUCUAAUGCAUUAACGUUGAACUGUAAAAAAGCUUUGUUGUAUUGAUGCGAAAAUACACGUCGCACCAUUGUUGCAUAAUAAUUUGCGAUCGUUCGUACAACACGAAGUGUGACAAAUUCAUGUGCAUGUGACGACGAGUAUUCUUAUAAAAUAUAAUCUCAGUUUUUUGUUCAAAUAUAAAUUGUUGACACACCGCGUAGCGAUGAGAAGAAGUUGUGAAACAUUCGAUGAGUGAAUCUCAGUGUAUCUAAUGAAUGAUUUAAUCGAUUUUGUUCUAGUUCGUUAUAGUUUUCUUAAAGACAACAGAAUUUGAAAAUGAACGUCUGCAGUUUCAUUUAACGGUUAAGAAACAAUCCAGAUUGCGUUAACGAGGAGUUUGAAUAUUCCUGAGAACAGAGUUUGGCAAAAAGUAAUCUAAUUAGUGUAUAACAAUUACAGCUAACGUGAAAUACCGUUCACGAUUAACGUUUACGAUUGCUGAGAAAUCGCGAGUUAUCAUGAUUAAUGAAUAACUUAAAUAAUCAAUAGAAAUGUAAUUAUAUUAUUGGUCGUGACUAAUUCAGUGAUCAUUAAUCAUAAAAUGAUUACUUAAUUUUCUUUUUAUAUUUACUUAAGUAGUUCGAAAUUAUGGUGAAUAUUAUUCAUUUCUUUUUACAUUUCUACAAUUACAGAUUACCGAUUAAUGUUUACUGAUCACCUAAUCUGAUCAUGAUUACUGUUUUAUUUCAGUAAUGAUUAAUUGAUUAAUGAUUACAUUUGUCAUGGUUACUGUUAACAAACAAUUAUAAGAUUAUUCAUCCUGCGCGAUUACAGAUUAUCAAAUGUUUAUAAUGAUUAAUGAUUUACUCCAGUCAUGAUUAAUUGAUCAGUGACUAAUCAUGAUUACUGAUUUAUUCCAUUAAGGACUCAUUGAUCAAUGAUCGUGAUUAUCACGAUUAUUUUUAACAAUCAAUUAUACAUGAUUACUGAUUUAUUUCAUUAAGGACUCAUUGAUCAAUGAUUAUGAAUUUUACGAUUACUUUUAACAAUUUAUUCUAAAACUAUUCAACCAUGUUAUUAAAGUAAAUAUUACCUAAUGUAAUCAUGAUUACUGAUUUAUUACAUUAAGAACUCAUUGAUGAAUGAUUAUGAAUAAUCACGAUUACUUUGAACAAUUAAUUACAAAACACACAUUCAUCCUGGUAUUAAAGGUUACCGAUUACGUGAUUACCCAAUGUAAUCACAACUACUUUUUAGACUACACGAUUAGUUUCAGUCAUAAAAUAAUUCAUUUCUCGAUUACAGAUUAUUGAUUAACGAUCGCAGACUAACAAAUGUCGCUGUAAUUACUAAUUCAUUCCAAUAACAAACAAUUGAUUAACGAU